UCUUGUUGCGCAUUUGAAGUCCCCCCUUUUUCUUUCCAUCAUCUCUUCGUCACCCCGCCGCCGUAUGCGACUGUGGUGCGUCGACCUGUUAUGGGCGGUCUGUCUUGUUAAUCGCCCUCUCAUUUGAAGGUGCAGCAGCUUCUUUCACUGGAGAAACUGAAUAGAUUUCCCCUGAACAUCUCAUAUUCUUUCGAAGCAAUCGGAGCAUGUUUUAGCGAAAGGGGUAAUUAUUUUUCUAUAUUGGUACUUUUGCAUUCUUAGUUGGUUGGUUCUGCUGGUGAUUAGGGAUUAGGUGGUCAUCGUGCCUCAAAGAAUAGGCAAGCCUCCAGUUGAGAACUAGUCAGCCUGAGAGAGAGGAAGCAUAUGAUUAUCAUUGAAUUGAUUGAGCAGCUAGACGAUUCAGAGUUUUGAUUGCGAUACAUGCCAUGGCGGAGCUGGAGAAUCCAUCUUCAGUGGCAGUGUCUACAGCUUCCGGAGAAGCUAGCUUUUCAUCCUCUGGCCAUCAGAACGCGCCUGAUGAACUCCCUCCCCCGAAAAAGAAGCGAAACCUUCCUGGAAUGCCGGAUCCAGAUGCUGAGGUGAUUGCUUUAUCGCCCAAGACACUGCUGGCGACGAACCGUUUUGUAUGCGAGAUCUGCAAUAAAGGAUUUCAACGGGACCAGAACCUGCAGCUCCAUCGACGCGGCCACAACCUGCCAUGGAAACUACGGCAGCGAACUAGCAAGGAUGUUCGUAAAAGAGUCUACGUGUGCCCCGAGCCUUCCUGUGUUCACCAUAACCCGUCGAGGGCGCUAGGUGAUCUCACCGGCAUCAAGAAGCAUUUUUGUAGGAAACAUGGCGAAAAAAAGUGGAAAUGCGAACGUUGCUCCAAGAAAUACGCUGUACAGUCUGAUUGGAAGGCCCAUAUGAAGACUUGCGGAACCAGGGAAUACAAAUGUGACUGCGGCACCUUAUUCUCUAGGAGGGAUAGCUUCAUUACGCACAGGGCCUUCUGCGAUGCCUUGGCCGAAGAAAGCGCUAGAACCCGAACCCUAACCAUUGGCGAAGGCUCUGAGGGGAAUUCGAACGGAAAGGUUGCUAUGGCUUCGCCGCCGCAGCCCCCACUAACUCCGUCAACAUCUGUGGUAUCUCCAGCUUUAUCCAUUCAGAGCUCAGUUUCGGAAAACCCAAUCAGGUUGUCGCCGUCGGCCUCGAACGUAACGUGUUUACCAGCAACCACGGUCACAAGCAGCACUCCCUCCAGUUCUACCAGUGUUUUCGCCAGUAUAUUUGCAUCCUCAAGUGCUGCUCCUUCUCAAACAUCAUCGACACUUUCGUCGUUUUCCAGUAUGAUGGCUAACUUGGCUCGCUCGGAUUGCCCAGCUACUGCCCCAACAAUGCCUGCUAUAGAGCCCACAUCUCUGUCUCUCUCCACGUCAUUUUAUCUCUCCAAUGCUGAUUCAUCCCUGUUCCCUGACCAGCAUGACCCUCGGCGCUACACUGCACCUGCUCAGCCUGCACUUUCCGCCACCGCAUUACUCCAAAAGGCGGCUCAAAUGGGUGCUGCUUCGUCCAAUGCGUCUCUGCUUCGUGGUUUAGGCUUGGCGGCAGCGACUUCCUCGGCACAAAACAGUAAUUCCUCGACACAAUGGAAUAGCCGGGUGAAGACAGAGAAUCACUCGAUGACUGAUGACGGCCUUGUGCUGGAAUUUCCUUCUGCUGGUAAUGCCGGUUUCGCUGACUUGAUGAUGGGCUCGUCGUCGCCGUUCGGCGGACAGCCGAUGACUCGUGAUCUUCUUGGUCUAAGCAUAGGCGGUGCUGGUGCCGGGGCCAGCAGCAGGGGGGGUCUUUCUGCUUUGCUCACCUCUUUUGGUGGUCGAUUCGGUGUUGCAGAUUCAUCGAUGGGAGGGAGGAACGCUCCGGCUGAAGAUUAGGAGGAUCUUUUUUCUUUCUUUCUUGUUUUUUGAAUCUUCCUUCAGCCGAGUUUACUAGCUAGUCGUCAUAUAAGGGUCGGAUUAAGUUACAGGUACGAAGCACUUUUGCAAAUGGUGCUUUUUUGUCUUUAUAAUUUUUACCUUCAGUCUUUUGUAAUCAUUUUGCUGCCCUUUUAUCUGUAAGGAAGAUCAAGGAUCAAUGAAACUGUAGAAGAUGAGAUUAAUAUUAUGACUUGAGGAUGUACAGAAACAAGUAUAAGUGGUAGUAUUAGUGAAAUCUGCUGCACUAA